UAGGAUGAUUUAGGAAUCCACUAUAAGAAGUCAUCAAAGGGUCUUUUCUAGUAGAGCUUCUUUAGUAGUUCUGAAUUUUGUUGGGUUGUUUGAUGAGAAUAAUGGCUGUGCCUUUUGGAUUCUUACUAAGGGUUUCUUGGAUAUGUUGCCUGCUAAUUGGAGGGAUAAUCUGUUUUCCUGAAGCAGAAGGUGAUAGAUCUGGAUAUCCGGCCCAAGCUGCACCAGGCUACUAUGACUCCUGGCUAGGAUACAAUCAAGCUCCUGACUCUGAGCAGCUUCCAGCCCCUAUACCCAUGGAAUGGCUGGAUGAGGAGCUUUUGCCGCAAAAAAAACCAAGUGUUGUGUGGAAGUUAUGGAAUCCGGCUCAAAUGCCUCAUCCGCAAAAGCAACAGGCCGCCAUGUAUCAGCAAGUAUGGCGUCCAACGCAAAAACCUCAGCGGAUGCAACCAGUUGAUGUGCUGCCAGCUGACAUUCUUAAGCAAGUCUGGCGUCCAUUUCAAAUGUCUCAAAAGCCAAUGCUAUCAACUGAUUUGCUAGAAAAGCAACCAGUCAAUAUGCCACAGUGGCCUAAGCAAGUCUGGCAUUCGGCUGAAAUGUUUGAAAAGCCAGUGCAACUGACUGACAUGCCUCAGCAAGUAUGGCAUCCAGUUCAGAAGCCAUCAUACACUCAUACAAAAAAGCAACCAACUGACAUGCCUGCCAUGAUGCCACACCAAAUAUGGCGUCCAGCGACCCAACCCAAGAAUCCUCAGGAAAUAUGGCGUCCAGCUCGAGUGCCUUAUCAGCAGAAGGAAGCCUCCAUUGUCCCACAGCAGCAACCAACCAAUACACCCCAGUGGCCUAUGCAUGUCUGGCAUUCAGCUCAAAUACGUGUGGAGUCGUUGCCCCCAACUGGUGUGGAGUCGUUGCCCCCAACUGGUGUGGAGUCGUUGCCCCCAACUGGUGUGGAGUCGUUGCCCCCAACUGGUGUGGAGCCGUUGCCCCCAACUGGUGUGGAGCCGUUGCCCCCAACUGGUGUGGAGCCGUUGCCCCCAACUGGUGUGGAGCCGUUGCCCCCAACUGGUGUGGAGCCGUUGCCCCCAACUGGUGUGGAGCCGUUGCCCCCAACUGGUGUGGAGCCGUUGCCCCCAACUGGUGUGGAGCCGUUGCCCCCAACUGGUGUGGAGCCGUUGCCCCCAACUGGUGUGGAGCCGUUGCCCCCAACUGGUGUGGAGCCGUUGCCCCCAACUGGUGUGGAGCCAACUAUGAUGCCACAUCACAUGGGGCAUCCAGCUACUCCACCCAAGAAUCCUCCGCAGAUAUGGCGUCCAGCUCGAGUGCUUUAUCAGCAGAAGGAAGCUACCAUUGUGCCACAACAGCAACCAACCAAUAUCCCCCAGGAGCCUAAGCAAGUGUGGCAUUCCGGUCAAAUACGUGUGGAGCCAUUGCCCCCAACUGGUGUGGAGCUGUUGCAGCCAGCCAUGAUCCCACAUCACAUAUGGCCUCCAGCUACUCCACCCAAGAACCCUCCACAGAUAUGGCGGCCAGCUCGAUUGCAGAAGGAAGAGACCAAUGUGCCUCAGCGACCAAAGCAACCGGCCACCAUACCCCACCAGCCUCAUCUCUGGCAUCCAGUUCAAAUGCAUGAGGAGCAGAAUCGAUCGACUGCUAUGCCUCAGCAAGUGUGGCAGCCACUUGCCCUACCCAAGCAGCCUCCGCAAAUGUGGCGUCCGGUUCGAUUACCUGACCUGAAGAAGCAAGUGACCAAUGUGCCUCAGCAACAGAAACAACCAGUCAUCGAUUCCCAGCAGCCUCAGCAUGUCUGGCAUCCAGUUGAAACGCCUAAGGAGCAGAAUCAACUUGCUAAUGUUGCACAGCGGAUGUGGCGUCCGGCUCGAUUGCCUGACCUGAAGAAGCAAGUGACCGAUGUGCCUCAGCAACCGAAACAACCAGUCAUCGAUUCCCAGCAGCCUCAGCAUGUCCGGCAUCCAGUUGAAACGCCUAAGGAGCAGAAUCAACUUGCUAAUGUUGCACAGCGGAUGUGGCGUCCGGCUCGAUUGCCUGACCUGAAGAAGCAAGUGACCGAUGUGCCUCAGCAACCGAAACAACCAGUCAUCGAUUCCCAGCAGCCUCAGCAUGUCUGGCAUCCAGUUGAAACGCCUAAGGAGCAGAAUCAACUUGCUAACAACGCACAGCGGAUGUGGCGUCCAGCUCGAUUGCCUGAUCUGCAUAAGCAAGCGACCAACCUGUCACCGCAACCAGCCACCAUGCCUCAGCAAGUCUGGCGUCCGGUACAAAUGCCUCAGGAGCAGAAUCGACUGACUGCCAUGCGUCAGCAUGUGCUGCCACUUGCCCUCCCCGACCAGCCCCAGCAAAUGUGGCAUCCAGCUCGAAUGGCCAUGCAGCAGGCACAACCGGCCACCCUGCCUCAGCAGCAGGCACAACCAUGGCAGUCAGUUGUACCAAUGUAUUCUUACAGUUCUAAAUCGAGGUACGAGAAUGGCAAAACUGUCUUCUCCCAAACACGCUAUUCUCCCAAGAAGACUAUGUCCUUUGACCGAAGUAAUGCAGAGGGAUACAGCAAUGAACCAAGAAUUUACCCACAAGCUGAAAGCCCUCCGCCGGUGUGGCAUCCAGCUCAAGUGUCCCCGCAGCAGAGGCAACCGUCCAUAAAGGAGUUUUCAAGGAAAAACUAAUGGUGGAUUCAUCGUUUUGGAGGUACUCUGGUUCUACGUUCCUGUGAUUCAGCCAGGAAGAUGCUGGUCCUGAUACUCUGAUAUUAAUAAAUAAUUUUACUCUUA